AUGUCGCCUAAGGUUAUGCGGAUGCCAGUGCGCGUGCGCAGCGUACGGAAUGGGUCCCCGAGGUCGAGCUGCCUCCGCCUAGUGUGGCCAGAUGUAUCGGAUUUUGCUGGAGGUCUCGUUUUUCAGGUGUCACUUGAUGACUUCCUGCGGGACCUUCCUGGUGAAUCUCGACCCGUGGAAUGUUUCGCUUUACAUAUCGUGCACGGCGCGGCGCGUGCAUCUUAUGCGAAGGCCUUUGUUUUGUUGACCACGUGUGUA